AUGCUGUACGUGGACAAAUAUCGUCCGAAAGCGCUCAGCGAACUUCAGUAUCACCCUGAGCUUACGGAGCAGUUGGAUGCACUUGCGGCAAGCGACGAUUUUCCGCAUGUGCUCUUCUACGGACCGACGGGUGCCGGGAAAAAAACCCGCAUUGCGUGCCUGUUAAAGCAGCUGUACGGCCCCGGCGCACUCAAGCUCAAAGUGGACCAGCGUGUGUUUCUGAACCCCAGCAAGCGCAAAAUCGAAGUGAAUUUGAUCAGCAGCAACUACCAUAUUGAAAUCACGCCGAGGCACGUUUUAGCGCUGACACUAACCUCCAGCGACGCCGGCGCCUAUGACAGACUGAUUAUCCAGGAUAUUCUUAAAGAAAUUGCACAGACGCAGCAAGUGGACCAAAAUGCAGCACGCAAAUUCAAGAUCAUCGUGAUCAACGAAGCAGAUUCCCUCUCCCGCGAUGCCCAAGCCGCGCUGAGGCGGACCAUGGAGAAAUACAUGGGAAAUCUGCGUCUUAUCCUCUGUGCAAACAGUACAUCGCGUAUCAUUGCGCCUAUCCGGUCGCGGUGUCUGUUGUUGCGCGUUGGCGCGCCGAGCGACGCGGAUAUGUCGCGCGUGCUCCGCUCUGUAGCGAAGCGUGAAAAAUUUCAUCUUGGCGACGAUACCGCGCUGCAGGUCACACAGAACGCAGGUGGGAAUAUGCGCAAAGCAUUGCUUGUCCUCGAGACCCUGCGUGUCCAGUCGCCUGACUUGAGUGGCCCCGUGAGCAUUGCGCAGCCCGAUUGGCAGACAUACUGCGAGCGCACGGCCGAUAUGAUAUUGAGCGAGCAGACACCUGCCCGUCUGCUUGCCGUGCGUGGCCGCCUCUACGAACUUUUGGUCCAUGCUAUUCCAGCCUCGCUCAUUUUCCAGACACUCACCGACUAUUUGGUGAAGCGCGUAGACGACGCGCUUCGUGCGAGUAUUGUGGAGAAAGCCGCAUAUUACGAAUUACGAAGUGCUACUGGCAACAAGCCCAUAUUCCAUCUCGAGGCAUUCGUGGUGCAAGUCAUGUACCUCCAAAAGUCCCUGCUGCUGGGCAUGGAUGUGGAGGCGUUCAGAGAUACGCUGAAUCCCCAUGUACUCGAGGUUGAGUAUGCUGUGCGCGGCGAGAUUCCCAUGCGGGCAGCCGCGCUCGAGCAAGACCUCGAGAAUGGCACGUCCAAGCUGCCGUUCGAUUCUAUCGUCUGGUCGAACAUUGGCAAUCCCCAGCAGCAGCCAAAUCUUGCGCAGCCGCCGCUGACAUUUUGGCGCCAGGUGGCCGCUCUGACAGAGUACCCUGCGCUACUUGAUGCUCCGGCUGAUAUUCGCGAUAAGCUGUUUCCUGUAGAUGCACAGCAGCGGGCGCGCGAAUUGGUGGAAGAAGUUGGUAGUGUCGGUGCCUAUACAGGAUCCAAAGGUAUCUCGCUUGUGCGCAAGCGCGUUGCCGAGUUUGUCGAGAAGCGCGACGGCUACCCCGAAGAUUUCGAAAACAUUUACCUCACCGCCGGCGCAUCCGCCGCCAUUGCGACUCUUUUCCACAUUUUUUUCCGCCAGGAUAUCGACGGUGUGUUGAUUCCCAUUCCUCAGUACCCUCUGUACACCGCGACAUUAACUUUGCUUGGCGUCGAGGCGAUCCACUACAAUCUGCAAGGGGACCAUCAUUGGGAUCCCUCUUUGUCAGACAUUCAAAAGUGCAUCAAAGAUGCGCGAGCGCGCGACGUUUGCCCCCGCGCGAUUGUCAUCAUCAACCCGGGCAACCCCACAGGCGCAUGCAUGCCGCUGAGCCAAAUCCAGGACGUGAUCCGAGUGGCCUACCGUGAGAAUUUGGUCAUCUUUGCCGACGAGGUAUACCAGGCGAAUGUGUACCAAACCGAGUGCCCUUUUGUGUCCUUCCGCAAAGCGCUGCUGGACAUGAGCAAAAGCAGCGAUCCAGAGGAGCGCGCGAUGGCUGAUUCAGUCGAGCUUGUAUCGCUGCACAGUAUCAGCAAGGGUAUGAGCGGCGAAUGUGGACGCCGCGGCGGCUACUUUGAGCUGACCAAUAUCGACUCCGAAGUUGAGGCGCAGAUAAACAAGCUGGUGAGCGUAUCGCUGUGCCCGCCGGUGCAGGGCCAAAUUGGCGUAGACUUGCUGGUAAAGCCGCCCCAAGAAGGGGACCCAAGCUACGAGCUCUGGCACAAAGAGUACACCCAUAUUUUCGACACGCUGAAAGCUCGCUCGGAGACCAUGGCCACGAGUUUCAGUAAACUACCUGGCCUCACCAUUGAGCCUGCCAUGGGGUCCAUGUAUCUGUUCCCCCGGCUCCAUCUCUCGAAAAAAGCGUGGGAGGCCGCACGGGAAAAAGACAAGCAGGUUGACGAGUUUUACUGCCGCGCGCUGCUGGACGAGACGGGAAUCUGUGUCGUUCCAGGCUCUGGCUUUGGCCGCAUGCCCGAACAGCUACAAGAUGGCUCCAGCUACUCCUACUUCCGCACUACGGUCCUAGCAAAAGCAACCGAUGAGUUUAUCGCACGUUACGGCAAGUUCCACCGCGACUUUGUCCAGCGCUACGCAUAA